AUGGGUUUACAAAGUGCUCUUGACUUAUUCAAAUUGUUAAUUUCUAAAAAUCAUAUGACAUUUUUCAUAACAUACAAGAUAAGUCAGGAUCAUUUAGAAACUUUUUUCAGUGCAGUACGUAGUAAAGGUGGGUACAAUGACAACCCAACAUGUCGCCAAUUUCAGGCAGCGUACAAACGGUUAUUGGUGCACAACAGUAUAAUGGGUUCAGUGUAUGGCAACUGUUCUAUUUUAGAUAACACUAAUAUAGAAGCUGUGAGUGGUAACAAAUUAUCUAAUGAAAAUGAAGAAGAGUUAAAUUUUAAUUUUAACUGGCAAAUUGAAAAGCCUUUGCUCCAUCAUGGCUAUUUCGAGAAUGUACAACACUUGAAUCCGUACAUUGAAGAUGUUUGUGUUUACAUUGCUGGAUUUGUAACAAUUAGAGCAACUAAAAAAAUAGCAUGUACAUCUUGUACAUCACAUUUAUUGGCGACUACUCAAAACAGCAAAUUAGCGACCGUUAAGGAUAGAGGGUCUCUAAUAAAACCCAGUAUGGAUGUCCAGACAGUGUGCAUAAUUACUGAACAAGUUUUCAGGGAAUAUAACUAUGGUAUAAUGAAUAAAACAAAAACAAAAGCUUUUGUUUUAAACAAAGUAAAAACUAACCUAUAUAGUAAAUUUUCCAUAUUUAACAAUAUGUCUUGCCUAAAUUAUGAAAACUGUUUAUUCGAUAAAACCCAUCAAUUUGAGAGCCAUAGAGACUAA